UUCAUCACAUCAUUCGCACUCGUGCGCAGUGUACGUCAUGUGAUACUCGCGAAAAACGUAUGUAAUGAAAACAAAAUAAUUCUGGGAAUAUCGUGGUCGAUAUUAUCGGUGAUUACCGUGCUAACAAGUGCCAUAUUGGAUUUGUGUGUUGUGAAAAACAAAAACUGUGUGCAUUAAUUGUUUGCUGGAUUUUUUUCUUGGCGUACAGAGAUGUUAACCGUUGAAUAGCAAGUAUUACCCGUCACCAUGGGUAGUGCAACAAUCCCAAACGCGAAACCAAUCCCAAUGGAGAAUUCAGACAAGAAAUCAUUGAAAACCCUCAUCAAAUCGCUCUUCCACAAGAAAAAGGAGAAACCGAAAAUCGACAAAAAAGAAACGGAACCAAAAACCAUAAAAACUGAACAAAAUACAGAAGAAAAACCACGACAAAGCAAUGACACAGUCGCCGCCAUCUUGGAAAACUUCAACAAAUUAAACCUCCAAGAAGCAAGACCAGUGAAAGAAGAGAAACAUCAAGAUGAAGAAGAGGAAGAAGACGACGAAUUAAAGAACUUCGCUUUCAAAGUGAUAGAAGAACCGAGAAACGAACGGAUACCUUCUCAGUCUUCCGAAGACAGCGGUUUUUCCGACACUAAAGAGAACGAUCAAGGAAAUAAGUGUGAAAAGAACGCAGAAGAAAGUGUAGAAGAUAAACUUGUAGAAGAAUGGGGGAAAUUGGAUUUGGAUGGGAAGAAGAAGAAGAAAACUCAGGUCGUACACGUCGCGAGAGGCCCGCAAAGACUUAAGAUCUGUAAUUCAAAUGUGGCUCCAUACCCAACAUAUGAACAGGAUUAUAGACAGAUAAGCCAAAUAAACAAGCACACUUUAACGGGCGGUCAAGUUACUGUCAACCAAUGUCAGACGAUAGAUAACUAUUCAGAAAUAGACAUAGCAUUCGAGAGCGUCCAAAAACAGUCACAAUUCCUGCAAAACGACAGAGAGAAUUACCUCAAAGAUGUCUUAGAAUACAUCAAUGAAGAUACGAAUAAUAAAAACGUACAAAAAAGUAUUGAAACUGAUUAUAUGUCACAAGAAAGAAAAAUCCAUAAUGUUGACUAUAAUCUUGACGCGAAACAGAUGCAAGGGACUUAUGUAAACGAUUUUGAAGCUAAAGCCGUCGAACAUAACGAGAUUAUUCAAUUACUUCAAGAUAAUUUCGUUAAUUCCCCCCCAGAAAUGAAUGCCAUUGGAGAUUUCAACAGUAAUUUUGAAAAAGAGGACUUCAAUCACAUCUUAACUUACGUUUCAAAUGAGUUGAACAUGUCAAAUGAUGGUUAUAUUAAUAACGACUAUACAUACCCCACUCCACCUCGUUCGGAAACUGUCCCAAGCCCUAUGUCUGCUUCCCCUUCGUCAUUUUACCCCUCAAAUUCUGAAUACACCCUCUCACCAGAAAGAUCACCAAUCUACAACAGUGAUUACGAGAAAUAUCAAGAAAUACCCCAUUUUGAAGAAGAAAAAGAUGGCGCCGAGAAAAAAGCGCGCGAACGCACGCUGUCAAUGUCAUCGAUGACAAUGAAACAGUUUAAGGAUAUGCAAAAGGAGAUCGUUUAUAAUUUCUCGAAACGAGAUUGCUGUCAAAUGAGUAGAAAAAGUUGUAAGGAACUGUUUGAUGAACAUAUACAGAAAUUGAAUGCUAAUGAGAGGAAGAACUUGUGUGUCGGAGUUUCACGGCUUGAUCUGCAAAAAGCUUAUGGUGUGCUACUCCACAUCAUGUUAAGCCUUGCUAACGGUUCUGAUAAGGAGAACCUGCAGAUCUCUCUCUUCAGCCUCGUUUGUGACAAGAUGCUGGCUCAGGAUCCAGCUGUGUUCCUUGGGGAUGUAGGUCUUAGUCUGCUGAAGUCGGCUGCUCUCCGCUGCCCCCACCGGCCACUGCUCACUCGUUACAUCGUACAAUGUGUCCGACGCGCCCUGACCGCCAACCCAGCCGCCAUCGCAGGAAAAGACCAUGUUUUCCAUGAGGUCGACAUCCUCGGUGACAACUUGGUGAUCGCUUGUGCGAGAGCUGGCGACCGUUGUUCGGAUGUGUUGAGCGAGCUGGUCCGAGCUGAAGACAACCAGCCGCCGCUGUUCAAGCUGCACCACACCAAUGCUGAUGGUUACACAGCGUUGCAUGUGGCGUGCAGUCAGCACAGCGCGGCCAAUCCUCGUUUGCAUACAGUACAUGUGCUAUUAGUACACGCGGGCUUCGAUAUUACUGAGGGGGACCUGAAAGGCCGUGACACUGCGCUCCAUCUAGCGGUGAACUCGGCGCACUGCGACCUACAGCUGAUACUGCUGAUGUUCAAGCAAGUUGACCGCAAAGACUGGAAGAGUCUCGCCCAUUGCCCUAAUCUCAGCACGAAAACACCAAUUGAUUUAGCUCGUUUGGCAACAAAAACUACAACCAGACAGAAUUAUCCGCAAGAAGUGCUAGAAUUUUUGAAGAAAUGUCGUUAAUAUACACCGCCUUUUCAAGCAAGAUAAGAUAGUGUUACAUCGCAUAAGAAUAGAAAAGGAAUACAAAGAAAUCUUAAUACCCACGUUUUUAAAUGUCAGUCUAUUCAAAUUUUAUCGAAAAUCAGUCCAACCGUUUUUAUAGUUGUAAAUUGCAUUGUCGUCGAGUUUGAAGCUACCCUGAAAAUUUCAGGCCGCUAGCUUAUCGGGAAGUGCCUCAAAAUUGAGUUGCAAAUAUCUAACCGGAACGACAAACUAACAAGAAAAGUGAGUGUGUAAAAACGUGGGAAAAAAUAACUACUGUCAUGUCUUGUUUAAACUUCAACUUAUGCAGGGCCACGGAUGAAAUACUAAAUUUCAUCCGAAAAAUUCGAAAUCGAUUUUUAGUUUUUAAAAAAUAAAGUUAAAGCGGCAUUUUGAAGGAAAUACUAAUUGUAUAUAUAUAAAAUAUAUUAUAUUUUUAUACAAAUAUAUACCUGAUAUGGUUGUGCGAUAAAGAAAGAUGUUUUAUACCUAUGUAUUUCGAAGCCAUUUUGUUAAAAAAAUUGACAUAGAUAAUAAAGAAUAAAUAACAGAUGGCGUUAAAAUUGGUUUCCGAGUAAGAUUUUAGAUGUUAAGUUAAUAAUUAUCUUUGACGUAAUAGUUAAGUAGAUUUUAAGUUGAACUUCGGUUAGAUUUUAUAUUUCUUUAGUAACGAUUCUGAUGCAAAAGGAUUACAAUGCUUAUCUAAGCUUAUACCUAAAAACUCGACGACCGCACAUCCCAUAGACACCUGAUACUCAGUGUAAUACUCCAAAACAAUUCUGUCAACUAUCUGAGGUGGAGGAAGCGGGGUCCUGCAUCCUGAUUGGAGCUCUCAAGGUCAACGUUAACGCGGAAGUGUUUCCGGCUCACGGUACUGGUCGAAACUAAUUCUAAUUGUUGAGUGACGAGUGACGAGCGACCUGUGUGAGAGUUGUGAGUGUCAUGUGUUGACAGAGAGCGGUCGACUGGUGUGAGGUGUCUAGGGGAUGUGUGGGCGUUGCCCACACAUGCAUAAUUAAUUAAAUGCGUCAGAAUCAAUUAGAUUUUAUGUAAUUAUAAGCUAUCAUGAAAACCAUUUUCUUUAAGAAUAGUUCACAAUAGAUUUUUGACAAACAUUCAAUGUUUUAAAUUGAAUGCAGAUUUUAAAAUAAUCAUUUUAAUAAGAGAAUAAGUUUAUUAGGAUUAAGAAAUAACAAUUAUUUUUUAACAGUAAGGCACUGACCAAAUCGAAAAAUAGAUUAUCUUGCUUCAUAUUAAUUAAGCGGGGGAAAAACGAAACCGAUUGACGAACGAAUCUAUAUUUUUAUUUGGUCUGUGCGUGAAGUUUUAACAAAGCGAUCUAAAUCGGUAAAAUCAACUCGAGUUGCUAUUUUAAAUAAUAGUUUAAACUAACAGUUCCUUUUUACCGAUUCAGAAUACUUUGAGGUUAAGAACAUAUUGAGGUUAGAUAAUUUGGCGCCUUUAUAAAUGUCAACGUCAAUUUUCAAUAUUGAUCGAAUGUUUGUAAAUAGUUUAAAUUUGUGAUGAUACUAUUUUUAAUAAAUAUCCACUUGAUUAGAGACAAUUGUCAAUAUGUUUUAUAUUAAAUAAAAUGACAAAAUUGAGUGCCUUGAUGCAUGACAAUGCAAAUUUUUAUUUUUUGAUCUCUAUAUUUGACAUACAUAUUAAAAAUGAAACGGAUA